AUGGCUCGAGUGCUAUGUACGCAAGUCUCUACGAGCACGAACGGUGGCGAUGAUUUCUGUAGUACGGGCGGUUACUACCACAAGCUCAACUGCUGUUCCGGCUUGACUUCUGCAGGAUGUGUCUCCAGCUAUUGUCAAAGCCCCGAGGCUCCAAACAACGCCUUGCAAUGGCGUAUAGACGUGGAAGUAGAAAAGGUACUCAGCAACGUUUACGAUGCCAUAUGCGAGCUAUACAAUGAAGAAAUAUUCCCUACUCUGCAUGAAAUCCGUCGCAAACUUCAGCGCAAUAAUGCGUCUCUCGUGGAUGGCAAUUGGCUGCUUCGGAUUUGCAAAAACGAUUCAUAUCGCAGAUUCCAAGUCUUCAUAAUGAUGGAUGAUACUUUGAAUGCCAAGGAUCACAAUCUUCAAGGCACAUUACAUAGCUACCACGACUUCACGAAAAUUGGCGGGAGGUACCUAUUUGCUGAGCAUCUCAGGAAGUUCGGGCCCAGUCGCUUCCGCCAAUUGGCCUUGGGGAAACUUGUACGUAUCGUACAAGUCGCUUUAGACUCCAAUAUACUGUCGUACAAUGGCACAAAUGUGAUUCCUUCCGUCUCUUCAACGACAUCGACGAAAAAAUUGCUCAGUCAAAUAGGUGCAAACAAAUCAAACCUAAUGGUGCGUCGUGAGGAUCAAAUACAGGCGAUACGAAAUAACAUCAUCUUAAUUCUAAGCGAAAAACCUCCCAAGGCAAAUUCCGCAUCGCCCGGUUCACAGACAAAUGGGCCAAGAAGGGGGCAAACAAUUAAACUCAAGGAUGGUGACGUCACAAUUUCCGUUUGCAAGCUCCCGGUUAUUUAUAAGAAAAGGUUCAAUCAAGACCUGGAUUUCACGAAGGGUGGAUACAGCAAGUUGACCGAUUUUUUACGCAAUGAAGUUCCCGAGUGUUCCAUUCAGCCGUGCCCAGUAACCCAGAAAAAGGAGCAACCCAAGCCGCCCACGAUGGGGGACUGGUUAAUCAACCACAUCGUAUAUCAGCCCUCGACUAACAUAUUUUUCCCACUAGCAAUGAGGAGUUCGAGGCUGACGGUGAAUGCAGCCAAUAGCCUGAUCAUGGACUGGUGA